AUGAUACCAUUUCUCUCGCUUCUUAUUGAAGCUAGGACAUUUAAAAAGGUACCAGAGAAGCCUAUUCCAAUGUGUCCAAAUGGUGGAUAUUACCAUUUCUUGUCAGCUAAUGACAAAGACUGGAAAGAACGUUUUAUAAUUUCUCAACUUGAGAAUAUCACAGGAAACUGGUCUUGUGAGGAAACAGGUGCUCCGCAAGGAGUUCCGGGUGAAAAGAUGUUUUUCAUGGAACUUGGUUCUGCUUAUUAUGGCGCAUCAACACAAUUUGUAAAACCACUUAUAUUACAAAAUCAAACAUUAGUUGUUCAAUACGAAGUUCGUCUCCAAAAUGAUUUGGAGUGCGGUGGCGCCUAUGUAAAAUUAUUUAGCGAUGAAAACUACGUUCCAGAGAAAGUAUCUAACGAAACGAAGUACUCUAUCAUGUUUGGUCCAGAUAAAUGCGGUGGAACAAAUAAAGUACACUUCAUUUUCCGCCAUAAGAACAUUUUAUCCGGAGCUAUUGAAGAAAAGCAUCUCAAAGAUCCUCCUCAAAUCAAAUCAGACAAAAUUUCACAUCUCUACACCCUAAUUGUCCGUAAAGACAACUCUUACGAAAUUUUAAUUGAUGGAGAAUCAUCGAAAUCAGGCAGUUUACUCACAGACUUUGAUCCAGCUGUGUUCCCUAAAAAAGAUAUCGAUGAUCCAAACGAUACAAAGCCCGCUGAUUGGGUUGAUGCCAAACAAAUUCCAGAUCCAAACGCAACGAAGCCAGAAGACUGGGAUGAAGACGAACCACAGUUCAUAAACGAUACAUCCAAGUUCGAUCCACCCGAAGGAUGGCUUGAAGAUGAGCCAAAAAUGAUCAAAGAUCCAAAUGCUACGAAACCAGCUGACUGGGAUGAAGAAGUCCUUGGAGAAUGGGAAGCCCCUGAUGUACCUAACCCACUCUGCGUAUCAGCUCCUGGUUGCGGACCAUAUGAAGUUCCAGUUAUUCCAAAUCCAAAGUACAAAGGCAAGUGGUCACCACCAAUGAUCGAUAACCCUGAAUACAAAGGCGAAUGGAAGCCAAAACAGAUACCAAAUCCAUACUAUUAUGAAGAUCGUCAUCCUCAUAAUUUUAUGCCUAUAACGGCUGUUGGAUUUGACCUUUGGGAAGUCAACAGAAUGAUUGGUUUCACUAAUAUUUAUAUCGGAACAGACGAAGAUGCCGUUUACAAGUGGAAUCGCGAUCAUUUCAUUCCAAAACACAAGAAACAAGAAAAGGCAAACUCAGCAGAUGAUAAAACAGAACAGAAGAAAGAACUUGGUGGCUUAUACAUGAAAGCGGUUAAAGGUUGCAAACAAAUUUGGAAGAAUUUCGUAACUCUUUACAUUGCUUAUCAAUGGCCAACAAUUGGUGCUUGUGCAAUAAUAGUAGUACUAAAUAUCAUUGUUUUCGUACUUUGCGCAAGAUCUAGCAAUUACACGACCAUUUAUGUGAAUAUUAAAGUUCGUGAAGAGCCAAACCAAGAAAAGGAAGAGAAUAAAGAAGAAAAGGAAGAGAAUAAAGAAGAAAGUGAUGAUGAAAAGGAAAAAAAAAGUGAAAUUGAAGAUAAAGAUGAAAAGGUAGAGAAAGUAUUUUAUAGAUUUCCAGAUGGGGAAAAAUUACGCCACUAA